UUCUUCUCCGUCUGUCGGUACUCGUGGUUGACUUGCUAAGUUGUCAGUCGAAUUUUCUCGCUUUUCGCGGUGUGACUCGUGACUUAAUUUUCUGAAUGGCGAAGCAGCUGCUUUAGUUUCGUCGCUCUAGUUUGUCGUCCAGAAUCAGUUAUAUUUCGUGUCAUUCCGGUUCGCGUUCAACACUGUAUCAACAUACUUCCGGUAUUCCAGCGUGUGUUUGCAACUUUGUAAUUUUUCCGGCCUGUGCGUGUGCAAGCAGUGAAAAAAGUACGAUUGGUUGACCUGUGUUGUAAUCAUUUCCAUUGAGGUUCAAUUUUUUUACCAUAUUCGGUCGCAUUUUGAUUUCGACUUGUUUGGGAGUGUAGUGUGAAUCUGGAAACUUCGUAAAAUGUCGCAAGUUGCACUGAAUGGCGAAAAUCAUCUCCCGCAUGGUUCGCAAACGAAUCACGAGCAGAUGCAUCAGCGUUGUCUGAAUCCGUACCGCUCGAAGGUGACGGUUGUGUUGGGAGCACAAUGGGGUGACGAAGGAAAAGGCAAGGUGGUUGAUAUGUUGGCCACUGAGGCGGACGUUGUUUGCCGGUGUCAGGGAGGAAACAACGCCGGUCACACUGUUGUGGUGAAUGGAAAGGAUUUUGACUUUCAUCUAUUACCGAGUGGGAUCAUUAAUGAGAGGUGUAAAUCCGUUAUAGGCAACGGCGUUGUAAUACAUCUGCCCGGUUUGUUCGAGGAGUUGGCCAAAAAUGAAGCAAAAGGUCUGGUUGACUGGCAAGAUCGGUUGGUCAUUUCGAACCGUGCUCAUUUGGUGUUCGAUCUGCACCAGCAAGUUGAUGGACUGCAAGAAGCUGAAAAGGGAGGAAAAUCACUUGGAACAACCAAGAAAGGUAUUGGCCCAUGCUACUCGAGCAAAGCCACCAGGAAUGGUAUUCGUGUGUCGGAUUUGUUGGGUGAUUACAAAGUAUUCAGCGAGAAAUUCGAGGCCCUGGUCAACAUGUACAAGAGGCUAUUCCCCAAUUUUGAAGUAGAUAUUGCUGCUGAACUGAUCAGAUAUCGAGAUUACGCCGAACGAUUGCGUCCACUUGUGCGAGAUACCGUAUCGUUCCUGCAUUCGUCGCUCAAGGAUGGCAAGAGCGUGUUGGUGGAAGGUGCCAAUGCCGCAAUGCUGGACAUUGACUUUGGCACCUACCCGUACGUGACCAGCAGUAAUUGCAGUAUCGGCGGAGUUCUCACGGGGCUCGGGUUACCACCGCAAACCAUCGGCGAAGUAAUUGGUGUGGUCAAGGCUUAUACUACUCGCGUCGGAGAUGGUCCUUUCCCGACCGAGCUUCAUGAUGACACGGGUUCGUUUCUACAGAAGCGAGGCGCGGAGAUUGGUGUAACCACAAAACGAGUACGUCGUUGUGGUUGGCUGGAUCUCGCACUUCUGCGAUAUACAGCUAUGGUUAAUGGGUAUACAUCGAUAUGUGUCACCAAGUUGGACAUAUUGGAUACUCUCAAGGAAAUUAAAGUCGCUAUGAGUUACAACCUGAACGGUGAGCAGAUUGACUACUUUCCAGGCUCGAUCACCGAUCUCGGACAGGUCGAGGUCAACUACGUUACAGUGCCGGGCUGGUUGAAGUCGACCGAAAACGUUCGUGAUUUCAACCAACUCCCUCAAGAGGCCCAGGACUACAUCCGAUUAAUUGAAACCACUUUGGGCGUACCGGUAAAAUGGAUCGGUGUCGGUAAAGGACGUGAGUCGAUCAUUAACGUGAGGGAUUAAGCUAUAUCCCAGUUCGUAUACCAUCUAGCUGCUUGUUAACGUUUUUUUCUGCACGAACUUUUUGAGAGCACGGAUGAGGGGCUUACUGAAGAGGGAAGCGUUGUUAUUCGGCAUUAACAAAUGAAAUGCAAGAGACAACUUCCCCAGCGACUAUAGAUGGGAUCGUGUUUUAAAUUUAUCAGUUUUAAAUGCAGGAAACACCAAAUUAAGAAGACAGAAGUUAUCUUUAUGUGAAAAGGUAAAAACCGACAAAAGUAUAUUAAACGGUUAAUCCAUGUAUGUGUGUGUAAGAAUAUGCAGCAAAGUUAGCAUUAGUCGCAUAUUUAUACGCCAAAAGCGAAGCGUGUUUACAUAGUUUAUUGCCAUGGCGAAAAUUCGCUAAUGUGAUGGACAUAACCAGGAACUUUACUGUUUAUUAGGCCGUCAAAUACUUAACUACCAGAUGUUACUAGAUUUAGAGCAGCCAACCGCACAAACUGAGCAUUCAUUGCCUAAUGAAAAGAUCGCAAGAUGAAUAUGCAAAUUAUCCAAAAAGAAAACGUUAACUACAAACUAAUUUAGCUAGGUUGUACAUUGAACUUGGUUGGGAAAACCACAAAAAAAAUUUACUGUGCGCUAUACCUAAGCGGGUGUCAUAAAUUUUCGAUUGAUUUUAAAAUACCACAGCAGAAAAACACAACUGUUAACAUUUAUAUAGGUACCGUGAAAUGUACAUUUUUUCUCAACAUUACGGAAUUGAUAUCUGGAACGGUUUGUGAAAUAACGAUACAUAAACUCGACUUUGUCAAAUUAUCUGCUGCCAGGGGCUUUUUGUUUGAAUCAGUUUUCAACAUGCUGCAAGUCCAGUGUUAUUUUUAUUUUGUCAAAGCAAACUGUAAUAUAAUUAGGUCUUACUGUUUUAAGUUA